GGACAUGCCCCCAAAGAAAGCAAAAGUUGGCCCAAAGCCUCGACUUCUCUUCCCUCAACCGUCGAGCCAGCAGUCCAGCUCUGGGUCCUUACAAGAAAACAGUGGAGAGCUGGCGCGAGAUAGCCCAGAUGAGGAUAUGGCGAAUAUUUUGGCGGCCAUCAAGAAUCGAAUGAGAAAAAAGGCUGCGGACCGCGAAAAGAAACUGCACUCCGAAUGCGAUCGACUCUGUCAAAAGAUCCGGGAUUCAACUCACGAGCAUGUAUCCAAACAGGAGCAGGCUAUCGAGGCUCUAAUGACGGAACAUGAACAACACAUGGAGGAUUUAAUGGAAGAGAGAGUAAACAUUAUUCAAAAGUUGAAGAAUGAAACCGAGAAGUUCAAGGUAGUAAACGUACCCGCUCGCCCUCAGUACUGGGACAUGCUCAAAACAGACUUUGUGCAGCAAAUGCGGGAGAUCUUUUUGCAAGAGUACUUGUCUGCUGCUCGAAUCCAGCGCGAGGCUGACCAGCAGCUGAUCGAUGAUGUCUCCAGGAUGUCAAAACGUGAGUCCUGCAUGGACCUCCAAAGCGAACCUUACCAAAACGUUCCCUUCUAGCUUUGGUGGAUGCACAGGCAGCCGACUCAGGUCAGGGAAAUGGUGAGGUGGAGGAAGUGACCAAACCCACCCAACCAGUAUCAAGAUCGAAGAGGAAACGUACAUCAGACGCGCAGGUCCGGCGACCGAAAGGUAAACACAAGGCGUUUGCUCGCUGACGACAGGAUUUAGUGAAUCUUCUACCUAUUAAUUGUUCCUAUAAACUGGGCUAUUCUGAUACUGUUAGCUGUAUGUAUUCGUUAGAUAGUAGAUGGUCUCUGCAUGAUGGCUAUUUGAGUAAUCCUAUCUAAUACACUACAUAUGCCUUUCCAA